UCAGAAAACUGUGGACUCUAUUUUCCAGAAAUAAAAAGAUAUCCAGGCAAAUAUUUACACAGAUGUCCCGAAUCUGUAAGAAAGUGGCUUCGGCAGCUGAAGAAUGCUGGGAAAAUUCUUUUGCUAAUUACCAGUUCUCAUAGUGAUUAUUGCAGACUUCUCUGCGAAUAUAUCCUCGGGAAUGAUUUUGCUGAUCUCUUUGACGUUGUGAUUACAAAUGCGCUGAAGCCGGGUUUCUUCUCCCAUGUACCAAGUCAGAGGCCUUUCUGGACGCUGAAGAAUGAUGAGGAACAGGACGUGCUGCCGUCUCUGGAUAAACCCGGGUGGUACUCCCAAGGGAAUGCUGCCCAACUUUAUGAGCUUCUGAAGAAAAUGACUGGCAAGCCGGAACCCAAGGUUGUUUACUUUGGUGACAGCAUGCACUCAGAUGUUUUCCCAGCUCGUCACUAUAGCAACUGGGAGACUGUUCUCAUCCUGGAGGAGCUCAGAGGACAAGAAGUUGGGAAUCCUGAGGAGUCGGAGCCUCUAGAGAAGAAAGGGAAAUUUGAAGAACCAAAGGCAAAACCUUUAAAUACUUUGUCGAAAAAAUGGGGCUCUUUUUUUAUUGAUUCCAUUUCGGGACUGGAAAAUACAGAAGACUCCUCGGUUUAUACGUGGUCUUCUAGGAGAAUACAUACCUACAGCACUAUUGCAAUUCCUAGUAUUGAAGCAAUUGCAGAGUUACCCUUGGACUACAAAUUUACGAGAUUCUCUUCUAGCAAUUCAAAAACAGCUGGCUAUUAUCCAUUGGUUCAUUAGACCAUUGGUAGUAGAUCAGUAGUCUUAUCAAAUGAUGAAACACUGACAGCUAAGUAUUGUUACUUAAAGGCCCACAUAUGCAGCAAGAACACUGUAAAAAAAGAAGAAGAAGAAGAAGAAUUUUCAGGAAACACUAUAAAUGCUUUGUAA